CACUUCUUGACCCAUAUCGAACUUUAGGUGCACACCAACACAACACUCACUCUUCUAUAUAUUCCUUCCACAACCCCCUUUCAACUUUCAUAAACAUAUUCCUUCCAUAACUCCCUUUCAACUUUCAUAACACCAUACAAACCAUACACAAACCAAGUACAAGAAAAAUAGUAGGAAACCAUUAUUUUCCAUAUUCCUAACUACAUAUCAUAUAUCUAAUACCAAACCGUUGUUCUCAACUUUGUUCAUCAAAAAAUGGGUGUUGUACGUACAUGUGCAAUUAAGAGAUCAGAGCUUGAUAUUUUUCACCGAAAUCUAGUGGCUGCCGCCGGCAUACACCGGAGAAAAGACGAUGAAGGAUUAAGAAAAAACAAACUAUUUUCCUCUUUAGAUGAUGAAGAUGUUGGAAAAACCUUGGUUUGUGUCACUAGUGGUGUUUCCUAUUUGGGUCUUGCUUUGGUCAACCAUCUUUUGGUCUUAGGUUAUUCUGUUCGAAUAAUUGUUGACAACCCAGGAGACAGAGAGAAAUUGAGGGAAAUAAGACAUGAAGAGAUGAGAAAUAAUUUGGAAAUAAUAAUUGCAAAGCUAAAUGAUGUUGAUAGUUUGGUGAAAGCUUUUGAAGGAUGUCGUGGCAUUUUUCAUACCUCUGCAUUUACCGACCCUGCUGGUCUCUCUGGAUACACUAAAUCAAUGGCUGAGAUUGAAGUCAAUGUAACUGAGAAUGUGAUGGAAGCAUGUGCAAGAACACCUUCAAUUAAAAGAUGUGUGUUCACAUCAUCACUAGCUGCUUGUAUUUGGCAAGACAAUGUGAAUUCAGACCUUACUACUCCAAUUAUUAACCAUGGCUCUUGGAGCAGUGAAUCACUUUGCAUAGACAAAAAGCUAUGGUAUGCAUUAGGCAAGAUGAGGGCAGAGAAGGCUGCUUGGAGAAUAGCCAAUGAAAGAGGUUUAAAACUCACUACCAUUUGUCCAGCACUUAUCACAGGUCCUGAAUUUUGUCAUAGGAACCCAACAGCAACAAUUGCUUACCUCAAAGGAGCACAAAAAAUGUAUUCUAAUGGUUUGCUAGCAACAGUUGAUGUAAAGAAAGUGGCUGAAGCUCAUGCAUGUGUGUUCAAGGAAAUGAAUGAAAAUGCUUAUGGUAGAUACAUUUGCUUUGAUAAUGUAAUUGAUGCUCAAAGUGAAGCAGAGAAGCUAGCAAAGGAUAUUGGAAUGCCUAAAGAAAAGAUAUGUGGAGAUGCAUCAAACAUUUCUUUGCAAAGAUAUGAACUAUCGAAUAACAAGUUAUGCAGACUCAUGUCUAGGCCAAUUAGGUGCUCUAGUGAGAAUUAGAUGAAAAUCAUGGCAUGCCUUAUGUCCUAAGAUUUGGCAUUUCUUUCUCUUAGGAGUUGAUAUGCUUUUUAGGGGUCUAUGAUGUGGUGUCUCACAUGGGUAAUAUGUAGUUUGUUUAGUAAGGCUUGUAUUUAUUUAUCAUCCAAUUUUCUUUAUAUCUUUAUUCAAUUUUGUUAUAAAAAAUUAA